GUUUUUGCAGUUCUGCGGGAACUGAAUGGGGAUGACAAACCUGAAGAAGAAAUCCAAUUCUCUGCAACCUUAAUUCCUGAAAAUUGAGAUUUCGCCUCAGUUUUUAAGGUGAAUUUUCCCUAAAGUAUAGUCCUCUGCAAUUUCAUCUUCAACAUGGGUGCGAAAAUGAAAGCCAAGGUUAGAGAUGAUCCAGUCGUUGAUGGUAUGGAUGAAGAAGACCGAAAAAGUGGAAAGACGUCUAAGUCUAAGAAAGUAACAAAGGAGCACAAGGACCAGCUGCAAAGUCUACAAGAAAAGGAUCCUGAGUUCUAUAAGUACUUGCAAGAGCAUGACCAGGAACUUCUAGAAUUCAAUGAUGAAGAUGUCGAGGAUGAUGCCAAUAUUGACACCGAAGAUGACGAUGUCGAUGAAAAUGUCAAUUUCGACAUGGAAGAUGAAGAAAUGCAAGAGAUGGAAGAUGAAGAAAUGCAAGAGAUGGAAGAUGAAGAAAUGCAAUCAGCACAGGAAACUUUGGAGGAUGAUGUUUUCAAGGAGGAGAAACCAUCCAAAAAUGUCAUAACUACUGAAAUGGUUGAUUCCUGGUGUAAAUCAAUCCAAGAGGAUGGAAAACUAAGUGCAGUUCGUUCCCUCAUGAGGGCCUUCAGGACUGCUUGCCACUAUGGUGAUGAUGCAGGGGAUGACUCAUCAACAAAGUUUAGCACCAUGUCCAGUAGAGUCUUUAAUAAAAUAAUGGUCUUUGUGCUAAAUGAAAUGGACGGAAUUCUCCGCAAAUUGUUGAAACUUCCUGCUUCUGGUGGAAAGAAAGAAACCAUAUCUGAGCUUAUGAGCACAAAACAAUGGAAGACUCAUAAUCACUUACUGAAGUCAUAUUUUGGAAAUGCUCUACAUGUUCUGAACCAAAUGACUGACACAGAAAUGAUAGCAUUCACUUUACGGCGUCUAAAAUAUUCAGCUGUAUUUUUGGCUGCUUUCCCAAGCCUUUUAAGGAAAUACAUUAAGGUUGCACUGCACUUUUGGGGUACAGGAGGUGGUGCUCUUCCUGUUGUCUCUUUUCUAUUUCUUAGAGAUCUCUGCAUUCGGCUAGGAACUGAUUGUUUGGACGAAUGCUUCAAAGGAAUAUACAAAACAUAUGUUUUGAACUGCCACUUUGUGAAUACAGCAAAACUACAACAUAUCCAGUUCCUGGGAAAUUGUGUUACAGAACUCCUAAGGGUAGACCUUCCAACUGCAUAUCAGCAUGCAUUUGUUUUCAUCCGGCAAUUGGCAAUGCUUUUGCGGGAUGCACUUAAUAUGAAAACUAAGGAAGCAUUCCGCAAGGUCUACGAGUGGAAGUUCAUGAAUUGUCUUGAACUUUGGACUAGUGCUAUAUGUGCUUAUGGCUCAGAACCUGAUCUUAAGCCACUUGCCUAUCCAUUGACCCAAAUUAUUUCCGGAGUUGCCCGUUUAGUUCCAACUGCUCGAUAUUUUCCACUCAGAUUGAGAUGUGUUAGAAUGCUCAACUGGAUUUCUGCAUCUACGGGUACCUUUAUACCAGUGUCUAAUCUCCUUCUGGACAUGCUGGAAAUGAAGGAAUUAAACAGACCUCCCACUGGAGGUGUUGGAAAAGCUGUUGAUUUGCGUACAAUUCUAAAGGUAAGCAAGCCUACCUUGAAGACUCGAGCCUUUCAGGAGGCAUGUGUGAUUUCUGUGAUUGAAGAACUUUCUGAACAUUUGGCUCAAUGGAGCUAUUCUGUUGCUUUCUUUGAGUCAUCAUUUAUUCCAGCAGUGAGGCUGCGCACCUUCUGCAAAACUACAAAAGUUGAGAGAUUCAGAAAAGAAAUGAGACACCUUAUUCGUCAGAUUGAGGCCAACUCUGAGUUCAUUAAUGAAAGGCGUAUGUCAAUAACUUUUCUACCAAAUGAUUCUGCAGCAAAAUCUUUUCUUGAGGAUGAGAAGAAGUUAGGGACCAGUCCUCUAUCUAAAUAUGUUGCAACUUUGCGCCAAAGAGCACAACAAAGGAGGGACUCAUUGAUGGAAUCCAGUGUUCUUGUGGGGGAAAAGUCUUCUGUAUUUGAGAGUAAAAUGGGUAAGAUACCAGAAAGUGAUGAAGAAGAUGAUAACAGGAAUGACGAAGGUGCUGCUGUUUUCAGUUCUUCCUGGUUACCAGGAAGUGAUUCCAAGGCCAAGCCUCCUAAAGAGGAGAAGAAGAAGAAGAAGAAGAAAAAGAAGAGAAAAAUGGAUGAGGAGGAAGAGGUAGCCGAUGAUGAUGAUGUUGUGGAAGACUUGGUGCUAAGUUCUGAUGAAGAUGGAUCCCCCGGCAACUCUUCAGGGGAAGAUGACAAGACAGAGCAGGUCCGUGCUAGACAGCAGAGGAAGAAACAAACCCCCCCAAAUUCCUCCAAGAAAUUUCACACAAGAAAGUUCAAGAAGAGGAAGAAAGUAAAUUGAUGAGACCCCGAACGAUUUGUGCUGAUCACUGGAUCAUCCAACAUGAUCCUGUACGUUUUGUUAAUUUUUUUUUCAUAUUAAUAUUAAUGCCGAUUUCUUGGAUUUAUUUUUUUCAAUAAUUAAAUUCUUGAGCUGGGACUCAUUACGAGCCAAUUUUCUCAAUGUGUUCAUAGACUCCAGAAUUGGUGUGAUAACACUGACAAAUUGGUAUAUAUCACUAUAUCAGAAAAGAUUGCAGAAGUUAGCUUCUUUAUUGAUGUUGAGUUUCAGACUUUAUGCAAUGCCUGUGGAAUCAAGUAUUGAAACGAACAACAACAAGAGAUGCUGGUGAAAACAGAGUCUGGGAAUUGAAUUGCAGAUGGUAAGAAGAAACUGAUCAACGGAAUAAAAGAAAGGAUUGCAGAAGGGAACAUAUGAUAAUUUAGUUUUGUUAUAUAUUUUCUAAACUUAGAUGGCUGCCUUUUGUUUGUGUUGGUCGACAUCUGAAUGUUGGAAUAUUUUCUUGAAUAAUUGUGGAACCUUUUG